CGAGGACUGUAGCGAGACAACAAAUUGCGCGAGCUCGAGCGUGAGAUAGGUGUAACGUUUGACAAGUGAUCUCAUUAAGAAAAACAUAUUGUGGCACUUAAGGAUUUAAAGCAAGAAUAUCGGAAUUGUUUCGAAUUUCGGAUAUUUGUUGAGCAGUACGAUUUAAUAUUUAAGUGCGGAACGCUUAUUCGGAAGCUUGUUGCUACCCGGAGAAGUUAUUAAGAGAACUAGGAGCGAAGCGCUAUCAACAGAAACGCGGAUAGAAGUGUACUUUAUAAACGAGAUAAAGCGGAGUUUUUGUUUAUGUUUUUAAAUUAUGUUUAAGAACACAUUUCAAAGCGGAUUUUUGUCCAUUCUGUACAGCAUUGGAAGCAAACCUUUGCAAAUCUGGGAUAAAAAGGUAAGAAAUGGACACAUAAAGCGGAUUACAGACAACGACAUUCAGUCUUUGGUGAUCGAGGUGGAAGGAACCAAUGUCAGCACAACCUACAUCACCUGCCCUGCAGAUCCGAAGAAAACCCUGGGAAUCAAACUCCCAUUCCUGGUCAUGAUAAUCAAGAAUCUGAAGAAGUAUUUCACAUUUGAAGUUCAGGUACUGGAUGAUAAAAAUGUGAGGCGGCGAUUCAGGGCCAGUAACUACCAGAGCACCACAAGGGUGAAGCCCUUCAUCUGCACCAUGCCCAUGCGGCUGGAUGACGGCUGGAACCAGAUCCAGUUCAACCUGUCCGACUUCACACGGAGAGCGUACGGCACUAAUUACAUCGAGACCCUGCGGGUACAGAUUCACGCAAAUUGUCGCAUAAGGCGAGUGUACUUUUCGGACAGACUGUACUCAGAAGACGAGCUACCUGCAGAGUUUAAACUCUAUUUGCCAGUACAAAACAAAGCUAAGCAGUAAAAUGGCACCAUGAACCCUUCAUUCCAAACCUCUGUAUGACCUUGUGUUGGAUGUCACAUGCACAGGGUUAUAAAGUGUGAAAAUGUGAAUUCACCACUGAAAGCAAUGAAAAUUAAACACACAAAAACCA